AUGGAACGCCUAUGCGAUGAAAUUCUCCAACUCAUCUUUUGCGAACUGACCGAGCCGGGUCCGUUAACGCAAGUCUCUCAACACUUCCACCGUUUUUCGCAGGAUCCGUAUGUUAGGGCCCACUACUUUCUCACCCACUAUGGCCCUGUCGAGGCCAUGUACUACGCCCUCGGGCGAGGGAGGAUUCUGACUGAGCGUGUGCUCGACAUUCUCCUAACGAGCGGAGCCCACCUGUCCCGCUACCUCGUCCAGAUUGCGAUCCAUCACUACUUCCAUACACAAGCCCACUUCAUCAAGACGCAAUGGUGUCGGAUCGUUCCCCUACGUGUUUUUCUUUACUUUUUGAAGGUCGCGGAGGAAACUUAUGGCGAAAUCCCGCGGGGAAAGGGAGAAGAUGAUGGCUCGACCUUUGUGGCAUUUUUGAAGGAGAAUAGAUACCCACCACAGAUGAAGUCUGUCACUUGGGAGAACGUUCAAGAGCUCUUGGAGAAAUACAAGUUCAUUCCUUUCUGUCACCGAGUGAGGGUCAUAUAUGCGCUUGAUCUGCGCUUAACUAAUUAUUGUCAGGACCCCAUCACACCGCAAUUUCCCCUUGCUUUGGCCAUCGAACCAAGACUCCUUCCGUACGCGGUUUCCAACGGGUUUACAAUGGAUUAUAAGGUGCCUCCAUUUUGCCAAUUGUCUUGCUUCUUGUUGACCAUUUCCCAGUAUCGCGACUUCGUUUUCCGAAAGAUGUUUGAACGCCCCUCGGCGUCCAGUGAAACUCGGUCUGAAGACAUUGCAGAGAAUGUGAGGGAACUUUGUAAACUCGACUCUGCAAUGUUCGUAAGCCGCACCGUGGCUGCCGAAGUGUGUAUGGAGGCAACAGUAAAUGUUAUUGGGUACAAGGCAUUGAAGCAACUGGACAAGUCUGGCCACCUUCGUUUCGAACUAUCAACCCUUAUUGAAGAUUUGCUGAAAAUGUUCCUCACAACCCGAUCGAUAUGCAACCUUAGUACCGGAGACACACUCCAACACCUUUUCGAGGAUUAUCCCUCCACAGAUGCUGCAGUCCGCUUAGUCGUCCUGGUUGUCAUAUUCACCUCCGCCGAUAACCCAAACAUGCCGACUCUAACAGCCGCCACCAUACGUACCAAGUUAGACACACUAGGCCUAAUGCCGGUUACUCCCAAGGAUGCAUAUAAUAUCCUUCUGAACCCGUUUGUGGAGAGAUAUACCGCUCUAAUUAAUUUCGCAAAAGAGGAGAUUGGUGUCAAGGGAGAUGGGAGCAAAGGGAUGAGUCAAGUCGAUAUCAAUAAACUCUUUGAAGAUGUCGCCGCAAAAUGUGUAGAAAUUGCUUGCAAGGGAAAACUCUUGAAAAAGCUUUAUCAUGCCCACCCCGCCGUGAAAGAUGUGAUCAGCGACGUCGUUCUCCAGAAGCACCAGAUCAACGUGGAGGAUUUACCUUCAUGGGAGGAAGAUCAUGAGGGAUGUUAUGCGUACGCGGCAAAGUUGUCCAAAGAUUUCAUGAGGUUUGGGGUUGGAGAAGUGCAUACAACGGAGAGUUUGUCGAUGGAAAUCAAGGAGGUGCAUCCGGACACGGAGAAGGGCGAUAUCUCAUUAGAAGAGGACAAUACAAUGGAGACCGGGCCCGAUCAUGAAGACGGAGCACCUCAGGAUGAAAGCAUAUCAGAGCUGGGAGAGAUCACGCAAGAAUCGUUGACGACGAUGAUACGCCAGGAUGAGAUGACACCCGUUCGUUCCAGAAGAAGGAUAUCAUACUCUUACGGGCUAUCAGACAGCUCUGGCAAACUGAGAUACCCUCACGAUCCUGUACACAUCGGACGAUGGGCAAGGGCUCUGUUUGGAUCGAGGAGCAGCGUGACUGCCGUCUUCAUGACCCAUGCUGUGAUCAACGACAACUGCAGCAUGUUGCAUCACUACCUGAUGUUCGGAGAUGGUACCCAAACGAAUCUGACGUCGACACAAAGUCAUGUUCCAGUUACCUUGAAGCACUUCAAGCUACUAGCGCGUCUUGGCCGAACCCCAAAUUACUAUCUUUGGUAUGACAUCGAACGCGGAGCCGAAUUUUUCGUCGACGAGAACGAUUAUAUCACGAAUGAUAAUCCUUCCAGGACACUAUCUUCGCGGCCGAACAUCAAGGUCGAGGCACCGGCCAGCACAACUAUAUCUUCUCUGCCACCGAUGCCCAGUUCGCCUUCUUCCAGUACGCGAGGGAAGAAGCGUCCUCGAAGAUCAGCCGCCGGCGUGGUUCGUUCAUACGCAGACCCUGACUCAGAUGAUGAAGACAUUGCAAACGAUUCUCUGCUGGCUAGUGCUCAGGAAGAGAAAAAGAAGCCAGGACAGACGAGCUUGCAGCUGUGGAUUCAACAUCUCGGUCUGUUGUUGAAGACUGAAACUCGGAAGUACAACGAAAUGAAGAAACGGCUCGAGAAGAAUGCUGAACCCGGUGCACCUAAGGUUCGCAUACAGAAGAAUGACUUUGUCAAGUCCCUGACAAGCAACCUGCGCAAUUUGCGCAAACAUGAAGCUGAAAACCGUAUCAAAUUUCAAUAUGACGACGUUGCUGAGGACUACUCCAACGACGAAGACGACGACGAAUAUGUGUCACGACGUACGAAGCGCAAAACAACCCAAUGA